UGACAGAGGUGAAGGUCGAUUGAUGGAUGACUCAUACUAUGGCCUACGGUUUAGCGCCAAAAUUACCCCCAGAUUUGUCAGACUAGACCAGAUAAACCCCAAGCAUGAAGGAAGGAUUGAUCCUCGGAUGAAAAGAUUUUAAAAUGUCAAUGAAAAGCCGUGGUUUAGAACGCGAAGAGCUCAGUUUUGAGGAGAGUGACGCGUGGAAGGCGUUAUUUGAGACGAGUGAGUCAGUCGACUCUAAGCCAGGAAGUAGGAGCAACAGCCCGUCCAAGCAAGUCCAAUUCGACAUGAAAGGAUCAUCCAAAUCAAAGGUUCCCCCUUUAAAUCUGGAUUUAACCAACUUUGAAGUGCCUGGUGCUGAAGAGAGUCGCUAUGUAUUGACUAGUCCAAGAUCACUUGAGGCAUGUGCAAGGUUUGGAGUUAAGCCUAUAGAAUUACUUCACAAGUCCUAUGAAGAAUUUAUUGAUGAAUUUGAAGCAUUGUAUGACACAAACUACUCCCAUGAAGCUAUUUAUGAAGUAUAUCAAGAGCACGAAAGACAGAGAAAGAGAAAGCUGAGACUAUGUCAGGAAGAAAGAGAAAGAAUUAUCAACGAGCAAGAAAGGAGAGGAAGGGACAUCAUUGGAGAUUUCACAAGAAGGACCCACCUGACUUCUGCCAAGGAUCUUGAUAGACAGCAAGUGGUUCGAAGUACUUCGUCACCAAGUCUGCACUCCGAUACCACCGGGAAGGAUAACCGACUGAAAAGCUCUAGCAAAACAUCUCCGAAGCACAGUGCUACGAGAAAUGGUUAUGAAGUUGAAACAAGUGCUAAACAACACGCACCACCUGGGAAAUCAAAAAUCGAAAAAAGCCAAAGUUUCAAUGCACGUGACACUAAAACUCGCGGCGAGACGUCCGACUCAGACACAAGUGAAGGCGUCGCAAGCCCUCAUGUUCGACGAGUACGUAGCCAAUGGUCGAUCCCAAAGACGGGCUCUCUUCCGUCCUCACCCAGGCUUACACGACGAGACAGUAACCGCUCAACAGUCUCUUUAAACUCUUUUGAACCCAAGAAACAAAGCCGUACUAUGUCCACUGAUUGUAUACUAAAUGCUGUUGGUGGAAAGAGAAUGUCGAAUAAGGACCAGAAGAUAAUCGAUCUAAUGCUUACACGUCACGAGGAGGCCCAGAGAUUAAGAAAAGACAAAAUGAUGUUGGACCUGGCGUGGGAUGGUCAAAGACAACUAGAAAAUGACUUACGUCAUGCACGAAUGAAACGACAUCAAGCGGAAUUGUACGAGCAAUAUGCCUCAAAAGACAUGAAACAGAUGGAAGCACGCGCGCGGCGAGAGAGAAAAGAACGAAGACUAAAACAAGAAAAAGAAGAAGCAAUCCGCAUGAAGGAAUCACUGUGGGAGCAAGAGCGUCAAAAGCAGGAAAGAACUUUGGCCAAUAAAAUAGAACUCAAACGGAUGGCUGAAGCUGAGAAGAAACGCCAACAGGAGGAAAAGCGCCGACAAAAAGAACGCGAAGAUGAGAUGAAUCGUAACAUAGCAUACCUUACAACGCUGGAGAAGCAUGAACGAGCCAUGCGCAAUCGAAAUCGUAAAACUACUCACGAACAACUGAAAUUACAAAUCCAGAAUGAGUCCGAAAAAAUCAAGAUUGAAGAGAAAAGAGAAGAAAUUGCAAGGCGUUCGAAAGAAGUAGAACGAAGUUUGAAAGAUCAAAUCACUGAAAAACACGUGCGAGCUAUCGAGAAUUACGAAGAUCAGCUGAUCAGAAGAGAAAGUGAAAUUAGGAACAGCAAGAGAAAGAAAAAAGAAAAGGUAUCGCGUCAGCAGGAAAAGCUAAAACAGAUGGAAGAAGAACUGAAAGAUUGGCAGAAAAACCUGAAGGUUUAUCAAGAAGAAAGUCUGAAAAGGGCAGAAGCAGUAUCAGCCAUGAAUAUUACCAAGAAACAGUUAAAAACUCGAUGCCAGCUUGUUGCUAAGAAAACAGAGCAUGAGGAGAAUUAUGAAAGAGUUAGAGAGGAAGAGGAUAGACGUAAGAAGGAAUUACUAGCCGAUAUAAUUGCCAAAGAUCAAAGAAGUGAGAUGGUUAAUACAGAAAAAGAAGAAAUCAGGAAACUAAGCCGCGAGGCUGCACAGACAUCGCAAGCAGUAAGAAGCAUAGUGAAGGAACAGACAUUCAAAAGGGCUGAGGGUGACAGCUGUAGUGGGUCGACAGACAGCCUUGUCUGACAACCAUCUUCUGUCAGCAACAUCAAACUACUGGCCGUUCCUUUGAUGCAAUGGCAAGAAGAGCAGAGAUUCAAGCUAGAGUUGGACGAGGACCACAAAAAGCUUACAAGAACCAAUCAACAAUAAGCUUAGUAUAGCCCACGUGACCAUGUCACGUAAUCUUCGAAGGAAACUUCGGAAUCGCCUUUACCGUGACUAUGUCACGUAACUAUUCACUAAAAUUUAUUGAUACAUUUUGUUGUACAUUAUGGUAUACAUGUGCGCUAAUGCGUUUUUAAUUCAAAACCCAACCUGGAAAUUUUUGGGCAAAGGAACGGGCACUAUUGGCUUUUAGCAAAGCAGUAGGUUAUGUAGUUUGUUUUUAAUGUUAUUGCGUUCUUAGGUAAGUGUUCCGUACCUUCUCAGUAGACUUGGUUUUACAAGAACAACGUCAAUUCGUUAGAUGAUAUGAUAUUGAUAGUCGUUACGUUCUUUAUGACGAUGAAUGAAAAAUCAUUUUACGCCGGCAGAAAAUAGUGCAUUCUUAGUUCAUCACGUGAUCAUUUCCCGCCAUUUUUGAAGACGACGAGGAAAUUUUCCUUUAAGGAUCACUUUGAUUACUUAUUCUCUUAUAUAUACGCCUAACUCAGCGAACAUGGUGGAUUCGAGAAUGGCUUACAUACUUUUUUAUGUUCAAGCGGCUUCACUGCAAUGCAUCUUGUUUUCCCAACUCAGACUGAAAAGAAAGUCCGUUGUUUUGUUUACUAACGUUUUAUUAGUAUGCCAUUUCACAUCAAUAUGGUUUUCAAAUGGGUUUCCUAUUUCAAAUUUUAUUAAAGCUGAGCAAAAGCCGUCGCUGAAGUCACUUACGACCAUUUUUUUAAAAAUGACGUUCGCACUCAGCAUUGGAGGAAAUGAUCACGUGAUUUGUUUGAAUGGUGAGAAUAAGCCUUUUCAUAGUUUAAGAAUCGAUUCCACUGCGCAUGCGAUUUUAUCCCGAAUU